CGCAGCUCCCCGCCCGCGUUCCGCCAAUUGGCGAGCUCUAUAUAUGACGUCACCGGAGUAGGUCGCGGCACUCAGCUGACGGCUGCAUUCAGAAGUCGAGGAACCGUAACUUACGAUUAUCCAAAAGUUCAGGAAUCUAUAAAGGAUACAGAAUCCCUUUCUAAUAUGGCUGAGGGUUUGGAGCAGUUGCCAAAAUCGGAAACGAUUCGUCUUCGAGAACGUCACGUCGGACAAGCAUGCAAAUUAUUCUACAAAUCGAAUCCUUUGAAGAUCGUCAAAGCCGAGGGACAGUACAUGUACGACGAAAAAGGGAAUCGUUACUUGGACUGUAUCAACAAUGUUGCUCAUGUGGGUCAUUGUCACCCAACAGUGGUGCGUGCAGGCCAAGAGCAAAUGGCUUUGCUUUCCACGAACAACCGUUUCCUUCAUGAUAACUUGGUGCUCUGUGCUCGACGUCUGACUUCGCUGCUUCCGGAACCAUUGUCGGUCUGCUUCCUGGUAAACUCUGGCAGCGAGGCUAACGAUCUUGCUCUUCGUCUCGCUCAGACUCACACGAAGAAUAAGGACAUCAUCACUUUGGAUCAUGCUUAUCAUGGACAUUUGACCUCGAUGAUCGAUAUAUCCCCGUACAAGUUCAACAAGCCAAACGGUCCUGGAAAGAAAGACUGGGUCCAUGUGGCACCCUGUCCAGACGUUUAUCGAGGAAAGUAUCGUGAAAUUGACUAUCCUGGCGAAGAUCUUGGGGUGAAGUAUGCCAAUGACGUGAAAAAUAUUUGUCAAAAUCUGAAGGAACAAGGGCGAGGAGUUUGUGCAUACAUCGCUGAGAGCUUGAUGUCAGUUGGUGGACAGAUUCUACCACCACAGAAUUAUUUCAGGAACGUGUACAAACACGUUCGAGAGAGCGGAGGUGUUUGCAUUGCUGAUGAAGUUCAGGUUGGCUUUGGAAGGGUUGGCAGUCACGUGUGGGCUUUUCAACUUUAUGGCGACGAUGUUAUACCGGAUAUCGUCACCAUCGGAAAACCCAUGGGCAAUGGCCACCCUGUGGCCGCCGUGAUCACAACCCCUGCCAUCGCUGGAAGCUUCAAAGACACCGGAAUUGAAUAUUUCAACACGUAUGGCGGCAACCCCGUGUCUUGCGCCAUAGCGAAUGCCGUGAUGGAGGUGAUCGAGCGCGAGAAUCUCCAGGGGAACGCUUUGAAAGUCGGCAAGUAUCUGAUGACAGAGUUGAGAAAGUUGGCGAAACGACGGAAGAUCAUCGGUGAUGUCCGUGGUGUUGGAUUAUUCGCUGGUAUCGAAUUGGUCCGUGACAGGGUGAAAAGGAUACCAGCGACCACCGAGGCUAAACACGUGGUCAGCAGGAUGAAGGACAAGAAGAUUCUAAUUAGUAGCGAUGGUCCAGAUGACAAUAUUCUGAAAUUGAAACCACCAAUGGUGUUUACUGUUGAAAAUGUGGAUCACCUUGUGUCUGUGCUCGAUGAGGUCCUCGAGGAGGUGGAUAUCGGUGUUGAAGAGAAAUACGAGGCUCCAACGACGAUCCUGAAGGCCACGAUUUCGCAAAUGGACGUCGAUAGGGAUAAUGACACCUGUAGAGCUGAAAAACCGCUCCUUCUUCGUGCCACUUAAUGAUUACUUUAACCAAAAUAUUUAUCAUAACGCAAUUUUCCGCGAUAAGUUUAAGGUAUUAUUAUUAGAGAAUUUAAUGCUUACUGUUUAGCUAUUUAUGGCGAAUGUUAUUGGAAUUGAGAAUCUGUAUGUACAUGUAAAUAACUGAGUGAAUAGAGAGAUUAGAAUUAAGAAUUAAAAUUCAUGAUAAAUCAGCAUGUUGACGAGAGAACGUUUCUAAUAAAUAUUAUUUUUACAUA